AUGGACUUUCUCAAGUCGUGCUGGACCAAUCUACAAGCUGUAGAAGGAUACUCGUCCAUCGACUACCUCAUCUACAAUCACCAGGACGCGACGCAGGGCCAGAAGAGCGAUUGGGACGAUGCAGACCAUAGGAACGAGGUUCUUCUCGGGUUGCGACAGCGCCGGGUGCUGGUACAGUCGGCGGUACAGCAGAAGAAGGUCUGCGUCUUUGGAGGUUUCCAAGCCGCAGACGAGUACAUGAAGUCGCUGGGAUGGCAGGUACACCAGCGGGGAAGACUCGAGGCGGCCGCUCUGACACGCGCCAACAGCGACCCCAAGGUCGUCGUGCAGAACCAACACAUCUUCAGCAUGUUCCUUGCUGCUGUCGAGGCUUCGCUGUCUAUCUCGCUAUCGCAGCUGUGUGGUGCUAUCCGGGUCGGCCAUCUUACGUGGAUUCUCCCGGCCGAUGGUGAUCACCAACUGCUGUCUCUUCGCGCGCAAAUGACCAGUCAGGGCACACUUGCUCUCCUACCCCACGCGAACAACACCGGUCUAUCCAUCGCUUCCGAAACUGACGGCGUCAAUAUCCUUCUCGCUCCUUCGGGCACCCCUGCCACCAUCGCCUCUCAACUGGACAAGAUCGAUGGAAACGACGGCGCGUCAACGUAUCAAGCUCGUAGAGAAGCCCGUAUGCGCCUCAGUCGCCGAGCAAAACACGAGAAUUGGAAAGAGUCGGCUGCGACAAAACUGGAACAAUCAAAUCUAUUACACAACGAGUCCUGGUUAAAGGUCAGUCUGCGUCCGUCGGCUGAUCAAGACCAAGUCGAAUGUCUAUGGCCUGCUCCCUUGUGCUUGGAGAUAGCUUCACGUCAAGUUCCGCCUUCGCUGAAUCGGGCAGACAGUAUGCGCUGGUUUGACUCGAAAGACCCCUAUCAGAAUCCUCUGGACACUGCCGAAUCCUGGUUUCUCGGUCAAGAAGAGCGUGCAAGUCAGGAACAAAAGAUGCGUCAGGCUGAGAAAGAAAAGGAAAACGCUGCCAAUAAUCUGUCAGAUGAAGUCAUACCCGACCAUUUGUCUGUCACGUCACCCCUCUACUCGCGUAGUAUACAGGACCAGAUUAGCGUGAAUGCUAUAUAUCCAACACCACCCGACGCCAUACCUCCGAUAAUCUGCGCGGAUCCGUCGAUACCCAACGUCAUAGUCUCUGACAAUCCUAUCGAAUCAUUAUCUAGCUUGAACGAGGAACUCCAGGACCAGGACCAGGAUCAGGAUAUGAGAAGGAACAGCAACACCUCGGACGUUGACCUGGACACCGAACAUUACCGCAAAGGAAGCACUGAUGAUUUGUUCGGAGAUGGCGAUGAAGAAAUGCUUGGAAAUCCUGGUGUGACGGAUGCUGAUUUCAGCUUCUUCGAUAAUCCUGGAGGUCUCAACUCUCUACCUCCAGUCACCGGCCAUCUUCAGGAAAUGGAAGAUGCGAUUCCUGACCCCACGCCAAAGUCCGAAGUUGUUAUGCUCCAGCAACAGCCCGAUACAGCCGAACCUGAAGAUCACAUACCGCAGUGGGAUCUUGUCACUAGCCACAUGAAAGAAGAGGAACCAAUCGUCAAAAUGGAAGAUCUGGCCGAGGAGAACGUUACCACUCCACUUCUAAGCCCACUGAUGAUCAAAGAGAGACUUUUGCCCACGGACAAUGAAGAAAAGAGUGUUCCUAAAUUUCGGCGUGACAGCACGUUCUUGCCCGUGGUAUUCAAAGGCGACCUUUCAGAUUUCGACGCCAAAUACAGGACUCUGGGCAAAUUUGACGGCCGAUUUGUCAAGAAGGACGAGAUCGCAAACAGAUCUAGCAGCAUCGCACUCCCACCAAAACCGGUCAGAGCACGCACCUUCAAUCCGCUCUCUCGGAGACGCGCCACUCUGGCCGAGACGAAAUUCACGCUCAAAGAUGAGGGUGCUUUGCAACAAGAUUCAGAGUCCGAGACAAGUCAAGAAUCUGAAACGGAGAGUAUGUCAUCUGUCGAGGGAAGCCUUCGGUCACUUGACAUCCGGAAAAGGAAGCGGGGUUCUGCCGAUGAAGGGCCAACUCCAAGACUGCUUGCCGAAUCGAUCGUGGAAAGCGACGUAGAAAGUGUCAUGUCGGACGCAACAGCUAUGGCUGACCCUGGACCCGUCAUUGAUCAGUUGGCUUCUGCAAGAGAAUCUCAGAAUCGUGUCACCGAGCAGCAGCAUAAAUUCUCAGACAAUCUUUCGGUAUGGAGGGCACCUUCAAGAUCGGUACCACCAAGUCAAGACUUGAACAUCUGGUCUGUCCUGGACUUCACUGCGGAUGAUCUUGUCGAUAUAGCGCAGUUUGUUGCUGAGCAAAGUACUUUCGUCGAGGUUUCGGAAGAUGAUGCCGCAUAUUCUCCGACGGUUGUCUCACCCGUCUAUUCGACUGCGCAGGAUGCUCUGCGACAGGUAGUAGCUAUUGCGGCUGCUGCCAAGAGUCAGCAGCGUCCUGUGCCGCGACGGCCGCCUGGUACUGUCAGCUCGGUCAUUACGAUACCUGCACCCGCCGUUCAAGUCCGCCGAGCAGGCCAGGGAUGGGAGCUUCAGCCGACCGCCAUCAACUUCUGGGAUACUCUCGGUCUGGAACCUGCGCACGGCCCGAAAGAUGUUGCAGCAUUUGUUCUCUACCCAGACAGUGGUGUCAUGGGCGAAGCUGUUGCCGACUUCGUUCAAGACAUCCGCUUGGCGUACGAGAGUCGCAAAUUCGGCAAGCACUUCGUCGGUGGCGAGACAGGCGAGCACGAAGAUGGACUCGUGCCGUAUCGCUCGCAUGGGGAAGCUUCUGUCGUCAACAUACUGCGAGGUUUACAGACUGCUUGUAACGCGCUCGGCGAUUUGCUCCAUGACGCCGACCUCGAAGACACCAUUGUCAUCUACAUGAUCAACCCCUUUCAAGACGACUCCAUCAUCAAGUAUCUCUGUGGCUGCUUCCAGGCGUUACUCAUCGCAUACUCGUCGGAUCGCGAGGACCCGCCCCCAUUGAUCUUGCAAAUCGUUCCUAUGAAUCGCAUCGCAUGUCCGACUGCAAUGAUUGUCCCCGACCAAUCUUGGUUAAACUCGCUCGCCGCUUUCAUAUACGACAGAGUUCCCUUGGAUACACCCACCGACCAUGCGUCCUUCUGGCCUCUCAACACAUGUCCGAGUAUCCACCUCGGCACCCCUCCAAGCCGCAAAAUCAAUUUUGCACUUACGGACCGCGUAUCGAGGAAUCUACUGGAAGAGGCAAGUAUUUUGCAUGUCGCUUAUGCCGUAAAUGCAGACAACAGUUGGUUGAGCGCAGCAUGGACAGACAACACAGGCACGCAUUGCCACAAAGCAUCCUACUGCCUCAGCAACACCGACGGCAGAAUCAUACUCACAGAAGUUCGCGACACGACGUUGAGUCUUUGCCGCAACAACCCGCAUCGCAUUCUCGUUGCCCGCGCAGGCGUAAUGCGCGACUGGGAAAAGCGCGUUUGGCGCGAGAGACCUGGUGAGAGCUGGAGUAUCGGACUACUGGAUGUGGAUGUUUCGCCAGCAUUGCAGGUCUCUGCAAACACAGAAGGCAAUAAUGGACCAGGCGGCCAAGGUUUGUGGACGCCAGCAGCUACACCUCAAGCUUCCACUUUUACCUCUCCAGAAGGCGUGGAUACGAAGCCCUCUACUCCUGUCGAAACGCCCAACUCGGCCGCCAACUUGAACACACAGCAGGAAUUGCAGCAGCAGCAAAUCGAUCCAGAAGCCUUCCUCAUCGACAAUACAGACGAGACAUGGGGUGUCCUGAUGCCCUUCUCCUGCACCAGAGCAACCACGCUCUCCCGCCCUCUAGCCAGCGGACUGCUUCUGAAACGCGGAGCUCACGACUCUACAGCCAAUCUGCCAUCAGUCGCCAUCGAUCUGAUGGAUGUUAUACCUCCAAGAAUCUCCGAUACUGGAGUCAAUUGGUUGGGAUUUAGGGCGCCGGAGACGGUGUUGAAGGAAUGUAUGGUUUGGUAUAGGGGUCUGGGGUUGCUUGGCAAGUUGAGAGGGGUGGGUGGGUGCAAGGAGGGAGUGAAUGGUAAUGGGAGUGUGCCUUGGCAUUUGGGCGUUGCGAUGUCUGGGGCUGAUGCUUUGCAGGGGUUUUUGGAGUAG